AUGGAUACAGUUGACUUAGAAGAAAUGGGACUUAUUGAUGGUUCUAGUACUUUUAUUUCUGAUAUUACUGAUUCCCAACCGAUUUUAUACAGUCCAGAUGGGACCAUUGUCAAUUCAGAAUACCUUUCCAAUAAUGGGAAUCGGGUAACAUAUGUGACUAUACCUAAUCUUGUGCAAAUUGUUCAAGAUGCUAAUUCAUCACAUAUUGGUUAUUUGAUAAACAAUAAUCAGCUGCGCCUUAACCGAUCUGUUAUUUUAAGUGAAGAAAAUUUCACUGACACAGCAGAAUACUCAUCUGAUGAAACCUCAGUAGAAUUUUUGAAAAAUGAAAUCACUGAUUGUUGGAGCUCACCAAAUGAUUCUUCUAUACUUCCUGGUGAUACUGUAGGAGAAGUAAGUAAGAGUAAAAGUUACAGUAAGGUGCUAAAUGUUGCCAGUUCAUCAAAAGAAGCCAAAUCUGUGUGCAAUGAGGAUGUUGAUCCCCCUGAUAAAACGGGUCCAUUGUUCUGCGAGCAGUGUGAUCUGGAGUUUUCAUCUUGGAAACUGUUUAGAAAACAUAAAAUAAAACAUCUACACGAAAAGCCUUACAAAUGUAACAUUUGUCAAGAGUCCUUUAAUUAUGAAAAUAAUCUCAUUUUACAUUCAGCAACACACAAUGUUGACAAUCCUUUCUGCCCUAUUUGUAAAACAAAAUUCAGCAGAAUUGCAGGACUUAAGGCACACAUAUUGCUUCAUGAGCAGGAGGAAAGCCUUUUUUGUAAUGAAUGUGGUGAAGAAUUCACAAGCAGGGUAUACCUUCAAGAACAUAUGCGAGAACACAAGGAACAAAAAGUUUCAUCCAAUGAAGUAGCUCCUAAGACAUAUUUUAAGUGCAAUAGCUGUAGUGCAAAAUUUAAUUCAUACAAUGAAAAGAAGGAGCAUAUGAAAGAAUUUCAUAAGAUUGCAAGAACUCGAAAGUUGAAGAAGUAUUCUUAUUCUAGUAAGAGAAGGAGAGGAAAUAAUGUCUGUGAAUUUUGCUCGAAAUGUUUUGAAAAACCAAGUCAACUCCUGCGUCAUAAACGUAUCCACACUGGAGAGCGCCCUUUUAAAUGUGAACUUUGCUCCAGAGCUUUCAAUCAGAAAGGUUCUCUGCAAAUACAUAUGUUGAAACAUACCAGAGAAAGGCCUUAUGUCUGUCAGUAUUGUCAAGGAACAUUUAGUCAAAAAGGAAAUCUUCAAGCCCAUAUAAAGCGAUUGCACUUAAGCUCUGAUGGGGAUGAGAGGAAUUUCAAAUGUAAAUUAUGCAGUUGCGUUUUUAGGAAAUUAGGAAGCCUCAAUGCUCACUUUACUAAAGCUCAUGCGCUUUGCUCUCAGGGUAGUUUGACUAGACUUGAAGAUAAGGAAACAGAUACUUCUUCAAAGGAACACAGUAAUCAAGUCAAUGUCAAUGCUGAUACAUGUUCAGAUUCCUCAAAUAAGGAAAAUGAAGUGAGAAAAGGUGGUCUGGCAAAGGUGUUUAUCACUGUAACUAAUUUGCAAGAAGAUGAAAAUAUGAAAGAAGUUAUUGUUGACAAUAGAAAAGUUAAUAAUAAGUUGUACAGUUGCAAUCAAUGUACCAAACAAUUCAAGAGGCCCUCAGAUUUGAAUAGGCAUGUUAGAAUACAUAAUCAACAGAAACAGAUGAAGUAUAAAAUGAGUCCAAAACCGUUGUCUUGGAAUUCCAACCAUGCUGGUCCUGUGAAAUUGCAUAAUAAAAUAAAGAGCAGACGUCUAGAAAAUAAAGAAUUAUCUUUGAGGAAGAUCUGAAUGAAAUUGAAAUACAUGAUGAAAUUGAAACAAGAGCUCCAAUGGAACUAUCACAAAUAGAAAUAGCGUCCCAUGUAAAAGAAACCGUGCCAACCUCAUUUGUUUCCCUUGACCAAAUAGAUGUUCCUUCAUUUAAUGGAAGUGUUCUGCUGACUCAAAAUGGUAGUAUCGUAGACAUUAGCAGUGAACUUGAAGAAGAAGAAAAAGAAAAGGAUGAAAUUAAAAGAGACAUGUGGAAAUGUUGUGACUGCAAUUUAUAUUUUAGAAAACUUUAUCUAUUAAAAUCCCAUCGUCGCAAACAUCAUGGUGACAUCCCAUACAAAUGCAAUCUUUGCCCUUGCUCAUUCACUAGAUCAACUCUCUUGAAAAAACACUUGGAGAUGCAUUCGACUGCUGGAAAAUUUACAUGCAAAGAUUGCAACAAAGUUUUUACAUGUGAAACUGCUCUGAAAAGGCAUAGUGAAAAUCAUCUACCUGGCUUUCCUUGGGCUUGCCCAGUGUGUGGUGCGGGCUUCAAAUCAUCUUUAUCCUGUAGAAGACAUAUUGCGAUUCAUCCUAAAAUUGGUUCUAUGACUUACAAACCAAUGCCUGUUGAAUACAGUGGAGGAAAAUCGAGCAAUGAAGAAAUAGUCCCUUCUAGAGAUGACGAAGAACUUGUUCAACAAGAAGAGCAGGUUGAUGAAGGUAAAAGUCAAAAUGGAUUACAAAAUGAUCUCAGAGACUUCAUCAACUCUCUGCCUGCUGGUCAGCAUUUUACUAUUACAGCAAAUGAAGAUGGUGGUUUUUCUUUGUCUGCUAUAACUCCCGAGGAACAGGUCGAUGGGCAGUAUACAAUUAUUGAAGAGAAAAGCCUAUUCAACUCAGCAGUUUCAUCACAAAAACAGAUCUUUGAAACUUCGCUAGAUAAUUGUAUAUUUUUACAGCCCAAUUUAGGAAUAGAAGGAGCAGUUAUCACCGACAGCAUCGGUAAUCUUCUACCACAGACCCUGGAAAAGUGCGAUAUUUGCAAUAUUGUGUUUACAAGUGAAUCAGAGUACUCAGUCCAUAAAGCGAUUCAUGCGCAAGAGAAACCUCAUACAUGUUUAAUCUGCAACAAGAGUUUUAUUUCAGCAUUGGAGUAUGAGGACCAUAUGAAAUUUCACUUGAAAAAAGAGCCUGCUGCUUCAGAAAUUUUGGAUGCACACAAUAUAGAAACAAUUGGUUCAGUUUCAGUUGUUCAAAAUCAAUCGACACUAUUAAGGAACGUACCAGAAAAAAAGAAGGCAAGAUCCCCAGGGAGGCCUCCUGCCAGAAGGCUGACAGACGAAGAGACUAAAGUCCUCUCGGCUAUUGAUUCUAAUACUGCAUCUAUAUCGGAGAAAGUUCUACUACAGUCAUUGAUUGAAAAAGAAAAAUAUGAACAUCCUGUUAAAGAAGAGCCGAGAGCACCUGAGAAACAUCAGAACAAGUGUAAAUAUUGUCCUAAAAGCUUCAAGAAGCCUUCAGACCUCACAAGACACCUGAGGACCCACACAGGGGAGAGGCCCUUCCAAUGUACCUCCUGCCAUAAACGGUUUUCUAUCAAAUCUACGGCAUCAAGUCAUAUGAAAACCCACACCAAGGAUAGGUCUUUUUCUUGUUUCAUCUGCUCCAAGAACUUCGCUACCACUGGUAGUUUGAAGAUACAUAUGCGACUUCAUACGGGUCUGAAGCCUUUUUCAUGUAGUUUUUGUGAUGCAAAGUUUCGAACUUCAGGACAUAAGAAAGCUCAUCUAAAAAAACAUUUAAGAGAAACGUUCGAUCAGUUAAAAGAUGGAGAAAAAUCUAGUAAAAAAACUAAUGAACCUGAUAGUAACUUUUUAGAAAAUAUUUUAAGAGAAGCAGAAUAUCUAUCUAACAUUAAAUCCAAUACUACUAGCAGCGAUACGAUUCCUGUUGAUGAUAUUGAAGCCUCUCAGUAUUUCAUUCCAUUGAAUGCUCAAAGCAUAGUUUCUGAAGAAGAAAAGAAGACUGUUUCGGAUUAUCUUGUAAAUAUUGAUGAAUCAAACAAUGGUACAGUCGAACCUCAGAGAUAUCUUCUAUCGGUUAAAGAUGGUGGCACUGAUGAAGAUUAUAUUGUAGAGAAGCUUGGCGAUGAUCAAAUCAUAGUCACAAUUACAAAAGGAAUUUCUACCAUUAUUUCUGAUACUGCUCAGAAUGCAUCUAGUGCGAAUCAGGUCGAAUUAGUCGAAGAAGGAAAAUUUAGUUGUUCAUUUUGUAAAAAAGUUUACUCAAAGCAUUCUAGUCUUUAUAAACACAUUCAGAAAUGCCAUAAUGGAACAUUUCAGUGUAAUGAGUGUCCAGAGAAGUUCGAGCUUAAGUCUGAUCUCGACUUGCAUAGCUUAGAUCAUGAAUUAGAAAGAGAUUACACUUGCUCAGAAUGCGCAGAAACAUUUACUCUCGAAGAAGAUUUACGAGCUCAUAAAUGCUCCAAGGCUGAGUCGCUGGAUCUUGCUUUAGAUCAUGAUUUGUUUUUAUUCCCUCCUGUUUAG